CACGGUUGUCAGCAGAAGCAACCUCGCCAAGGCCGCCAUAAACCACCAUCUCUCUCCAUCAAUCUGUCGCUCCCAGAUCGGCCGUCACUCGUCCUAGCUCCGCCCGCCCAUGCCGCUCUCUCCUUCACGCCGCGCGCGCUGACUAACCUCGAGUGCACUGCUCUCGUGCGCUGAAUUGCUGCCAUGGCGUCGCUACAAUCAGCAGCGAUUUGUGCCGGGUUGGCUGUCGAAGCCGCAGGAAGAGCCGCACAGUUCGAUCGCUGGAGCGACGCUGCCGCGAGAUGCGGCUCCUCCCGUCCACCCGCGUGCCAGCCGCGCUGGUCGUCCAGUCGCCGCCCCUCUGCCGCCAUCCGUCGCAGGUCGUCGCGCCAGUCGCUAUCUAUUUCACUAGGCCUGCCCCACCCACGCCGUGUGCAAGCGUCGCGAUCAGCGGGUUGCAGCGACGGCAGGUUUCGAUUUCGAGUUGCGGCAGCCCCGCGUGUGUGGCCGGAGCGACCUCAUCCCGCGUCUCAACGCACAUCGCAGCCGGUGCGCUGUCACGCGUCCACGCCGCGCGGCCCCGACGACGUAUCAGAGCAAGGAGCGGCGCCCUCACGCGAGCAGGCGGCCGCGGGUGAGCCGGUCUCCGCGCCGGAUAGCGCGGAUCGGCAUUCCCAAGGGUCGUCAGGCGGCGGCAGCAGCAGCAGCAGCAGCAGCUGGGGUGCUGCAAGCGCUGCCGCUCGUUCGGCUGCGGACGGCGCUGCCGUGGCGUCGACGCCUCCCGCUUCCCUCGCCGCUGCGCCUGCAGCCGAGGCCGUGGGAGCAGCGCGCGCGGACGAUGGCGCACGAGGGGGGGGGGAGGCAGCAGCGGAGGGGGAGGCGGGAGAGGAGGGGGAGGCGGGAGAGGAAGGGGAGGCGGAGGAGGAGGGGGAGGUGGGUCGCGGGUUGUGGUUUCCGUUGAACCUAGUGGCGGGCGCCGUGUCCGCCGUGGCGCAGAGCCGCGUGGCGCGCAUGGUGGCGGCGUGGCCGGUGUGGCAGCAGCGGCGGCGGCUGCGGCAGCUGAAGGAGGCGGCGGACAGCAACCCCGCGGACGCGGGCCGGCAGGCGGAGUACCUGAGCGCGCUCAUCCAAACAGACCCUGCGGCCGUGGUGGAGCGCUUUGAGGCGCGGCAGCACGCGUCAGAUGCAGCGGGGGUGGCGCUGUACCUGAGGGCGCUGGUGGCCGCCGACCGCCUCUCCGCCUUCCUGUCCGAUGAGGACACCGGCCGCCCCGCCUCCCUGCCCAUGCUCCUGGAGGAUCUGAAGCAGCGGGCGACGCCAGGCGAGGGCCAGGCGGGGCUGCCACCUGGCACCACGGAGCAGACGCCGCUGCACGUCGUCAUGGUGGAGAGCCGCCCCAAGCCCCUGGCGCGUGGGCUGCGCUUUCUGCAGGAGCUGCUCUCGGCGCUUCUCGCCUGCUUCCUCGGCCUCCUCAUCUGGGUGGCGGCCACCACAGCCCUGAGGCGCUACGCCAGUGGCAUUGCUGGUAUGGGGGGGGCGGGGGCAGCAGGGGGGCCAGGAGUGGGCAUGGGGAGCGGCGGCGCGGGGGUGUACUCACCCAAGGAGUACAACAAGGACACCAUGCCCGAGAAGAGCGUGCGCACGUUCAAGGACGUGCGGGGGUGCGACGAGGCCAAGGCGGAGCUGGAGGAGAUCGUGGAGUACCUGAGGGACCCCACGCGCUUCACACGCCUGGGGGGCAAGCUGCCCAAGGGAGUGCUUCUGAUCGGCCCUCCCGGCACGGGGAAGACACUGCUUGCCAAGGCCAUAGCGGGCGAGGCGGGCGUGCCCUUCUUCUACCGCGCCGGCUCCGAGUUUGAAGAGAUGUUUGUGGGAGUGGGGGCACGGCGCGUGCGCACAUUGUUCCAGGCGGCCAAGAAGAAGGCGCCGUGCAUUGUGUUCAUCGACGAGAUCGACGCGGUGGGCGGCAGCCGCAAGCAGUGGGAGGGGCACACCAAGAAGACGCUCAACCAGCUGCUCGUGGAGAUGGACGGCUUCGAGCCCAACGAGGGCAUCAUAGUGAUCGCUGCCACCAACGUGCCUGAGAUGCUGGACCCCGCCCUCACCCGCCCCGGCCGCUUUGACCGACACGUGGUGGUGUCAGCGCCGGACGUGCGGGGGCGGAGGGAGAUCCUGGAGCUGUAUCUGCAGGACAAGCCACUGCACGCCGAUGUGGACGUUGCCACCAUCGCCCGCGGCACGCCCGGCUUCAGCGGGGCAGACCUGGCGAAUCUGGUGAACAUGGCGGCGGUGAAGGCGGCGCUGGACGGCGUGGCGGAGGUGGGCAGGGAGCAGCUGGAGUUCGCCAAGGACAAGAUCCUCAUGGGCGCCGAGCGCAAGUCCCUCGCUCUCUCGCAUGAAUGCCGCAAGAACACGGCGUACCAUGAGAGCGGGCACGCCAUCGUGGCGCUGCACACCCCCCACGCGCUGCCCAUCCACAAGGCCACCAUCAUGCCGCGCGGGGCGGCGCUGGGCAUGGUGACGCAGCUGCCGGACGAGGACUUUGAGACGUCGCGCACCAAGGCGCAGAUGCUGGCGCGGCUGGACGUGUGCAUGGGCGGGCGCGUGGCGGAGGAGCUCGUGUUCGGCGCCGACCGCGUGACCAGCGGCGCGCGCGACGACCUGCGGCAGGCAAGCCGCGUGGCGCGGCAGAUGGUGCGCGAGUGUGGCAUGAGCGACAAGCUGGGGCCCGUGUUCAUUGACAGCGAGGGCGGGGCGGAGGGGCGCGUGAGCGCGGACGUGCUGCGGGUGGCGGACGCUGAGGUCAGCCGGCUGCUCAAGGAGGCGUACGAGCGCGUCACACGGCUGCUCACACAGCACAAGCAUGAGCUGCACGCGCUGGCAGCAGCACUGCUGGAGCGCGAGACCAUGACAGCUGACGACAUCAAACUGCUGCUCGCCAACCCCACUGCCGCACCCUCCCCCUCCGCUGCUGCUGCUGCGUCCUCCAUGCCACUCUUGCCUGAAGCCCUUCAAGCAACCCCGUCAGCACUUGCCGCAGCACCUGCGGCGUUCACAGGGGUCGCACCCCCCUCCCAGCCCCUGGCGGCACCCGUGGGAGGCCUGGCCUCCUCCGCUGCAUGCUGACACACAACACAAGAUAAGGAGGAGGUCAAGUCGACCAUGGUUGCCAGCUAAAGGUAGCCCCGAGUCUUAGUAAAGGAGGCCAAGUUUUAGAGGUAAAGAUUAAUUGAUGGUGGGUGAAGUCCAUUUCUCUCGCAAGCAAUGCUUUAUUUGUGUAUCUUAUUAAUAAUUCCAGGUUUUCACAUGUCAUAUUUGGUGAAUGCAAAUUGA